AUGGAUGAUCGUGAACCGUGUCCAUACAGAAUUGGAGAUGAUGUUGGUGGUGCAUUUUCACUAGGUCUGGCUGGUGGAUCUAUAUUUCACGCUCAUAGUGGUUUCAGAAAUUCUCCGUGGGGACAUAAACUUGUUGGUAUUGUGCGCGAGGUGCGUACACGGUCACCAGUCGUUGGUGGACAAUUUGCAGCAUGGGGCGGAUUGUUUAGUGCAAUUGAUUGUAGUCUAGUAGGCAUACGAAAAAAGGAAGAUAUGCUCAAUCCAAUCGUAUCCGGUGGACUGACUGGUGCUUUAUUGGCUGUUCGAUCUGGCCCCAUGGUAAUGAUGGGUUCAGCUGCCGUUGGUGCAGUGAUAGUGGGUAUGAUUGAAGUAGCGUCAUUAGCAGUGGGUAAAUUUGCUGGUAUGGUGCUAGACCCGAAUGCUGUGCAACAGCAUGAGUUGGAAGAUCCAGCAAUUUUAAGCGCAAAGCAACAACAGAAGCAUGGAAACGCUGGAAGUAGUUCUACUAGUGUUUCUGGAGAUGCUUCUGCUGUUCCAUUUUCAUUAGCUCAACCUUAUUAA